AUGAUAUGUGCAUUGAUUUAUUUGUUACUAUUCUGUCUUCGUCAACCAAUUAGUUCAUGUUUCCGAACGCGAUAUGCCAAAGAUGCUUUACCUACACUGAUUACUAUUCGAUUUUCUCAUUAUUGUGAAAAAGCACGAUGGGCACUCGAUCUUCUACAACAUGCAGCAUCUCAUAAAUCUACUCAAGAACAACUGGAAAGGAUAGAGAAUGAUUCGCAUCGUUAUAUAGAACAUUCGCGUUCGAUUCUUACUCAUAUGAUCUCAUCGCUAUGGCACACUAGUGGAUUUUCAUCAAGUACACCAGUGUAUAUAACGCGAGAUAAACAUGUACUAAAAGAUUCUUCUGAUAUUUUGCAUUACGUUAGUGAUGAAUUGUGUAAACUAGGAAAACCAACACUUUAUCCAACUGCUGAAGUAGAAGAAUUAGAAAAUUAUUUUAAUCAGAUACUUGGUGUACAUGUACGUCGCUAUGGUUAUUGGCUAAUGUUUCAGACAGAUGACAUGGAGGACGAAUUGCGAAAUUGCUGGUUGCGUGAUACAGUAGGAUUGGAAAAAUGGACUCAACAACAUUUUUUUGGUCCAAUCAAAGCAUUAGCAACAAAAGGAAUGAAUAUUCAGGAACAACCUAGUCUGAUUUCAAAACAACAUAUUGAUGAAGUUUUUGAGAAAGUCAAUCAGAUGUUAGAAGAACAUGAUGGAUUGUAUCUUUUCAAAACGACUUAUCCGACAGCAGCCGAUCUUACUUUUGCUUCUCUAGCCUAUCCGAUGAUUUUUCCUUCACAAUGUGAUGAAUUGAUUAUUAAGUAUGAGCCGAAUAUUAUGAGUCGUCAAAUGUAUGAGCAAGUUACCGCUUAUCGUGAACAACGAGCAGGAAAACUCGUAUUACGAAUGUAUGAGCAAGAUAGAGUUGUUAAUCGAAUACAGCCAAAUCAUAUUUAA